UCUUUUUGGUGACCACCUCCCAGGGCCAUCUGGUCGCCAUGAGUGAGUCUGCCAACUUGGGGAAGUGCCAUCUUGCCACAUGGCAAACAGAAUCUCAAGGUCCUGUGGACGAAGAUGCGGUGAACAAGACCAAGAAUCCCUUGGCAGAGCAAUUUCCUGAUAUGACCUUCCUGAACUCCUUUGAGAUGGUCAUGGGGAACAUCAUCCAAAACCACUCGCGUUCUUCCGGCUGCUCUCGGAGUAGCGAGGUCUUGGCGUCCGGUUGCCUCAGAGCGAACGCGGCCAAACACAUCUACUGGGACCCCAGCAAGGUCAAGGCUGCGAUCGUCACCUGUGGUGGUCUCUGUCCGGGGUUGAACUCCAUCAUCCGCGGGGUCACGAAAUGCCUUUGGAACGACUAUGGCGUUCGACAUAUUUUGGGCAUCACUGCGGGCUACAACGGCCUGAGCGAUCCAGUGAGCCACCCACCGAUCGAGCUCACGGAGAAGAUGGUGCGUGAUAUUCAUAUGAAGGGUGGCAGCAUCAUCAAAGCAGCUAGGGGCGGCUUUGAUGCGGAGAAGAUCUGCGAUAACUUGUCUCGCCUGGGUAUCAACAUGCUCUUCCUGGUGGGCGGUGAUGGUACGCAGUUUGCAGGAAACCUACUCUAUGAGGCAGCACGCAAACGACAACUGCCUGUGAGCAUCGUGGGCAUUCCCAAGUCCAUUGACAACGACGUGGUGCUCUUCGACCGGACCUUCGGCUUCGACACGGCCGUAGCCAAAGCCUCGGAGGUGAUCCGCAACGCCUGGGUGGAGGCCUCCAGCUGCGAGCGAGGGGUCGGCAUCGUGAAACUCAUGGGCCGCGAUUCGGGUUUCGUGGCAAUGCAUGGUGCAACUGCGGCAGAUGUGGUGGAUCUCUGUAUGAUCCCAGAGGUGAAGGUCGAGAUGAAGGACGUCUUGGCGCACGUGGACCAGACGCUGGCGCAGAAGGGCUCCAUGGUCAUCGCCGUGGCAGAGGGGGCUGGGCAAGAGCUGGUGGCCACCGGGGAAAAGGAUGCAACGGGUCAUACGAUCUAUGGCGACAUUGGUGUUCACCUCCGGGAUACCUUGAACAAGCACUUGAAGCCGACUGGUGGCCGCACCUUCUACAUCGACCCGUCCUACAUCAUUCGCUCGGUGCCCAUCAACCCCAACGACCACAUCUACUGCGUGCGCUUGGCCAACGACGCCGUCCACACGGCCAUGAGAGGCUAUACUGGGGUCUGCGUGGGCGCCCUGCACAAUGUGAUCUGCAUGUUACCUUCCAGGUUGAUCGCCACGGGUAAGAAGAAGGUUCGACCCCACAGCAGCUCUUGGCAGGGCUGCAUCCACAUCUGCGGAAUGCCACGAACUCUGUCGGGCCUGGAGGGGAGUCCCCCGGUGAACCGCGUGGGCUAUGGCAACGCCUAGAGAUGGCUCGCUGCAUCCGGGAUGCCGCCAUCCUGGGGGAAAUCGUAGAGCCUGAUAAAUUGAAGGUAACGGCUGAGGAGAAUUC